AUGGACAGCUGGACACAUCGGAUUGUGGCAGCUCAGGCUACCGUUGAUGAGUUCCUAGCUUUGGAUGCCGACGUCAGUGCUGAGGUUUUGAUCACACGUGGAGCUGGUGCUGUGGACGUCGUUGAGCGUGUGGCAGCUACUGCUCGAGCGGCCUUGAAUGGAAGCUCUCUCAUGGUGAUCGAUACCUCAGUGGUGCAGCCCAGUCGUCCAGCUCAGACAGCUGAGGUCGGCGUGCAAGUUUCGACCAAGCGUCCGCCAACCUCUGUAGUUGUACCCAAGGCCCUUGCCGAUGACGUGCCGAGUAUCUCCACUCCAGGUGUCGUUGGACUUGAAGGGCCACCCAAGUUGGCAGCAGUUGCACAGGAACCACCUCGCAGUGAGACGGGUGCGCCUGGGGCGGCACCGGCCAAGGUCAUGGUUCCCCCGGUGAAGCGGCCGCCUGCGGCACCUACUCAGGUCACUUCUGUUGUCACGAAGUCCCAGACGAUGCAGCCUCCCCAGCCGAUUUUGCUUCAGCCGCAGCAGCCUCAGCAAGUGCCCAAGUCUAAGCCGGUGGCUCAGUCGAAGCCCAAGGCAGGCUCGCCCCCGUUGCAGGUGGCUCAGACUCCCCCAGCCCCGCCCGCUGCUGCAGGAGCAGCCGCAAAGGGACAGCCGGUUUGGCCCCCGGGCAUGAUCCAAUGGUUCGCUGGCACUCCCGUGGCGCUGAUUGGUGCAGUUGGCACGCGUGGGCAGUUGCCACCAGGUUAUAGCUCGCACAGGAGUCAGCUGGGACUGCUGCUGCAGUUAGCUUUCCUGUGCACAUGCACAUGGGAUGAGCUUGGCCAGCCGGUUGCGUGUGACCCGCUCAGUUUUGACGAAGCGCUGGUGAGCAAACGGGCUUGCUUGGGCGCCAGUGUGUCACUUUCAAGGCUGGUCUGCCAUCGCGGGCAGUCUUACCUACCAGCACAUUGGUGCCUGGCAGGCAUGUCCGCGGUCAGCGAUAGUGCGGCGACCUUUGAGGCCCGGGCCCUCGCAUAUGGGGUCCCACCUGAGUCGUUAAAGAAAUGGAAGGAGCAAGGAAUUUGCACCUUCAGUCAACUGCUAUUCCGGGUCGCCUCUUCGCCGGGAUCAGUGGAUUCUGAUAAGUUGGACGAGCUUCAAAAGCAGAUGAAUCCGCCCGCGUCUGACAGCGUCAAAGCGGCUGUGCGCCGCUUACUCUUCGAGGCAGGGACAUUCAUAGUCUCUGAACUCCGCGCGUCGGUUGAGGCUCCUUCGGAGGCUUCCAGGAAACUUAGCCCCCCCGAGCGCGCCAGCAGACUGCAGGCUGUGCAAAGCAAGUUAGGCGAGUGCAAGAUCACAGGUGUCGUAGAACCCAGUCACCAGCUGGUGGACAAAUGCAGUAGCAUGUUGUUGGAGCAGGCGAUCAGACACAUCCCCGCCAGUCAGUGCAGCAGCCGUGACCAGGAAGUAGCCUGUGUGAAGAGGGAUGACGUGCUGUUUCGCCUUGAGGCGGCUGCCCUGAAGGUGGCAUCGAAGCCCCCCAACAUUAAAGUUGACUUGUCCACCGAAUUGCGCCUUAGUCAGGCUUUGAGCCGACGCAGCGUGGCGCUAGAGAUGGCCGGGGUUUGUAGCUACGCCGUGCAUGAAGAAUACGUACGUGCGCUCAUGGAGCACAGCAGCCGCGUGCCCCCUCCAGGCUAUCAGGUAGCCAGCAUGGAUCAGCUGAUGAGAGCUGACAGGGAGCUGUGGAUUCGGGUGGCAGAGCAGGUGCAGCAUGAGUUCACGGGGGUAGGUGGCAAAGCCAAGGUAGACCAGGCGAUCAGGGAUCACAUGUAUGGCCCAGCUGUUGCCUUUCAUGUCUUACCCAUUCCUAAGGAGCCGAAGAAGCGCACUUGGGAGAAUGCCUUUGAGAAGCCUUGGCAUGAGCGCAAGGGUGACGGCAAGGGUGGUAAGAAAGGCGGCAAGUGGGGCAAGUCUCGCAAGGGGGACAAAGGGGGCAAAGGAGGGAAGCAGCGCAGGGGCCCCAGCAUGCCCGAGGCCUUGCAGGGCUUGUCACCAACCUUCAAGGACACUAAUAUCUGUUUUGAUUACAGUUUGCCGCAUGGUUGUCAACGCGACACUUGGCAGGGCGAUCAUGGCAUCAUGUGCUCCAAAGGCCUUCACAUCUGCAUGAAGUGCAACAAGGUUGAGCUUGAUUCGGUUGCAUCGCUGGAGGCAUCCGCCUGUGUUAGCAGUGUCGAAGGCCCGCCCUCUACCCAGAUAGCCGCGAGCUACAACUUGCAACAGCCGGGGCCUGCAGCAGAGUGUCUGUUUUUAGAAGUUUUUGCUGGGUCUGCGCGUUUGAGCAAAAGUUUUCAGGCCUUAGGUUACCAGACGAUCAGCGUUGACAGCCGAGCACAUAAGGAAGCAAAGAUUUUGAAGCUAGAUCUUCUCCAGCCGAGCAGCAUGCAGUUGGUCAUGCGACUUCUACACACUCGACGGGUGGUGUGGGUGCACCUUGCGCCCCCAUGCAGCACAUCGAGUGCGGCUCGGUUGAUCAGGAGAUCCAGGUGGGAUCCGGCACCGCUCAGGUCUUGGUGUCAUCCGCAGGGCUUGCCCACCUUGUCGGUGGCCAACCGUACAAGAGUCAACACAGCCAACCAGCUUUACCAGGUGACUGCAGAUAUCGUUCUUGAGUGCGAACGUUUGGGCAUUUGGUGGUCCGUAGAAAACCCCAGCUCGAGCAUGUUCUGGAUCACCAAGCCCAUGAAGCUAGUCCACAAGGCGUGCCCACGCAUGCACACGGUAGUAUUUGAUCACUGUACUUACGGUGGCGCCAGAGCCAAACGCACUGCGGUGUGGAGCAGUUGCGCUGCAAUCGUGGAGCUCGCUAGUUUGUGUCAUCCAAGUUUCAGCCACGUCCACUUGCCCUGGGGAAGAACCGCAAAUGGGUGGGCAACAGCUGAUGAGACAGCCUACCCCAGGCGUCUGUGCAGCUUUUGGGCAGCCAUAGCACAUAGGCAUGCCGUGGUCGUGGGCAGAGUCCUGCCAGCAGCCUCAGCCUCAGAGACCUGUGCAUUGACGGGCGGAUCUCACCAAGAAGCUGUGGAGCAACGGUUACGGCUUGGCUUGUUCCCCAGAGGAACAGAGGUACCAGACAUGCUCGACCCCUUUGCCGAACGCAAGUGGGUUCGGGUACCGGAUUGGCUUGAUCGUCAACAGUUCGUGCCGGGGCGUCGAAUUGACGUCCAGGGCAUGGGGCUAGUCAAGGGGUCUCGGACACUUCAGGUUCAGGUGCUUGAGGGUGUUCUCUGGGCUGAAGUUGGUCAGCCCAUGCAGCCAGAGGCCUUCCUGGGCAAGGUGGCUUGUACCACCCACCCUCAGAACAAGCUUCCCCCGUUGCCCGAGGUGUUGCAGGAUGCCGUCUUCAAGCUGACGCAUCGACCACUAAGAGAGGCCCAGAACCUCAGGUGCCAACGGCUCAAAUCACUCAUUGCACGUGCCCAGGAGUUGCAUGAGGAAGAGAGGCUCCUUCAUGAGAACUUGGCCCCGCACUUGAAGCGUAUCUUGAAACCCAAGCGUUUGCUCUUGCUCCGCGAAGUACUCAGAGCGCUGGAUUUUCCAGACUCAACUUUGGUUGACGACAUCGUUCAGGGUUUCAGAAUCACCGGGUGGCUGCCAGACACUGGGGUCCGCCCCCUGAAAGUGUGUCCACCAACUCUGUCCAGAGAGGACGUUUGGGGUGCUAGGGACGCUCGCAACCGCGAGAUUUGGGAGUCCGUAGGACCGCGCACAGAUCAACGCCUUGACCAAGCAUUGUGGGAACAGACUCUCAAGGAGUGUUCCAAAGGUUGGGCAGUGCUUGAGCCGGGCCACAUGCAAGCCCCAACUUCUUGCGUGUUGGGGAAGAGGUUCCCAGUCGAACAGCCGGACAAGGUGCGUCCCAUUGACGACACUUCCAUUUCCCACGUCAACAUGACCUUGGGUUGCGAGGAGAAGGUAGUAGUCAUGACUGUCUCUACUACCGUUGCUCUAGCACUUCAUUUCAUGGCCUCGGCCAAGGAACCCGUCGACCUCGAUGGUCGGACGUUUGAUUUGCGUAGCGCAUACAAGCAACUAGGCAUUCACACUGAGGAUUUGCCCUUUGCCAAAGUAGCUGUUUACAGCCCGGAGCAUAGACGACCAGUUGUGCUAGCCCUGCAGGCACUACCGUUUGGUGCAACAGGUUCAGUGCAUGGAUUCAUCAGGUGCAGUCUGGCGCUGUGGUGGGUCCUGGUGAAGUUUUUAGUCAUUCCCAGCACACAUUUUUACGAUGACUUCACAAGUGUGACUUUGCGCCAGGACGCUGAGAACGUCAAAGGGGCUUUUCAGUUGCUUAUGUCAAUUCUUGGUUGGGAUUUAGCCACCGACGGAGCCAAAGCCAAGGAUUUUGCACAGCAUUUUGUCAGCCUGGGCAUCGUUUUCUCCCUACCCCGUGAGGUGCACCAAGUCGUAGCGGUGGCGAACGCCGAGGAAAAAUGUGCGCAGGUAGUGGAGGUCUGCCGAAAAGCCCUCACGUCCGGGCGAAUGUCGGCCAGGGAGGCCACGGCCUUCGCAAGCAGACUUAGGUGGUUGGAUGGGCAAAUUUUUGGCAGGGCGGGCCGUAGGGCCUUGCAGUGCAUCCUGCAGCACGGCAACCCGCCCAGUUGUAGCAAACAGCGUCCCCUCACAACACAGCUGAGGUCCGCCCUGGAGUGGGUACUGGAAACGUUCCCCAAGGCAGCACCGAGAUUGUUUAGGUUGCCGGGUGCCAAAGAGUUCCAUCUUUUCACAGAUGGGGCAGUGGAGGCCGAGGCCUCAGGGAUAGGUGCGGUACUGUGCAACGAACGUGCGGUGCCCAGCGAGUGGAUGGGCAGCAGCAUCCCGCACAACCUACUGCGGGCUUGGCGCAAGCACAGCAAGCACCCAGUCAUUCAGUCCGAACUUUUAGGAGCCGCUGCGGCCUUGGACCUGUGGGGGCCUCGGCUAGCUCAUUCCUGUGUCACGCUCUGGCUUGACAACGAUCCUGCGCGUCAUGGCCUCAUAGCGGGCACUGCGCAUCCAGAUAGUUCUGCAAGCCUGGUGCAUGCAGUGACUUUGUUGGAAGCCAAGUACCAGUUGCGCUUGUGGAUUGCAUGGGUGCCCAGCGAGAGCAACCCCGCGGAUGCGCCCAGUAGAGGGCGCUUGCCCAUUGGUCUUGGGGAGGCCCAGCAGAGAAAAGUAGAUGUGGGGAGGUUGGAGCUGCUGGCCUCAGGGCAGAUCUAA